GAGAGAGAGAGAGUUGCAUUUCAUUGCAGGUAAGAGUGACCAGCAAUCCUCUGGCCGGUGAAAACGAGGGAGAAGGAGGUGAACUGGCCACUUGCUUCGACAAUCCCAACCAUAUCGAGCUACCGUCUGCGGGGGGGCAGCGCGGCAAUGGAUCGAACGGGCCGAUCGUCGACACCACGACUUAUUGCAAGAGGGACAAGAUGCCGCGGAACAGUUUCGUGACGAAACCAAUAUCGAAGCCGUCCACGGUCGUUUCGGCCACCACGGUCGCUACUCCACCAUCGUCCAUGGUUACGUCCACCGUUACUUCCGCGCGGAACGACAACGACGAUAUACCACCGCCCUUGCCGCCGCACGGGAUACCGGGUCCGACGACGGCGGCGGCGGCGACGACGACGACGACGACGACGACGGCGGCGGCGCAGGCAGCACCCGUCGGCGCGAGCACGGCCAACAACAACGGGAACGAGGAUUACAAACCGCCUGUUCCGCCGCACAGGAACACGGGCGUGAUCGUGCGGCUGCCUGAAACGCCGAGGAAACACGGCCGACACAGGGCAUCGAGCGGGAGCGCGGGCGUGAACAACGGCCAGCAACACAGCAGCAGCAACAACAACAACAACAACAACAACAAUCAACGGCACACGAGCAAGCAGAUUCAUCAUAUCAAACCAACGCAUGGUAAAGCUAGGGUAGUGGUUAGCCCGAAAGAAAAGGAGGGGGACGGGGAGGAGGAGUUCGUGGAGCUGGUGAAUCACGAUGAGAACAGGCACGUUGGGAAGGACGUGAGGGGCAGGGAGAGCGUCGUGAAGAGGGCGACGAUCGUCGGCAAUCCAAUGUUCUCCUCGUUCUCGACCAACGCGGUCGCCUCCUCGAUGAACGUGUCAACCCCGACCGUGGUCUCGUCCUCCUCGUCGCCGCCCAACUCGUCGCCGUCCUCCUCCGCCUCUCCCUCCUCCUCCUCCUCCUCCUCCUCGUCCUCCUCCUCCUCCUCCUCCUCGUCCGCGUCUUUGUCCCACGAGCAAGAGGAAUCGGUGGCGCUGGACGACCUGAACCUGGGCAUGGACUACAACCAGAUCAUGCAGUAUUUCGACAAUUUGAAAGAGUCGAACGCCUAGGUAGAGGCGUUCGGCCUCGAAGAAGGCCGAGCA